AUGACAAGACCAGAGUUCGACCAGGUCGCACGUGUCGGCGAGUUAGUCCUGCCACCCGAGUUGAUGCGGCGGGUGGCGCUGUUCAUCCCCGACGUUGCUACCUUUUUCUCGUUCCUCGAAACCUACGACUCCGCCGGCAUCCUCGGCGACCUUGGCAUGAUUCGUAUUCUUGGCGAGUCGUGUCUCUACGAGAAGCUCUGGCCUGAUCUUCAUGUUGGCACACGACCAGAGUCCCCUCGAGCAUCGCAGAUGCUGGUGGUUGCCAAGCACUAUUCCCACUUUGCGCUUUCCGGCGUCGUCGACGUUGCUUGGAUGCAAGAGUUGUGUCGCGUGGCGCCGGCAACGGACCUCCAUGCUACUGACAUUCGACCAGCGUGGAAAGAGGCCAUGGAACCAUUCGUGGAUGCAUUGGCGAAGCUGCCACCCACGCGCGCCACCUUUUCCAUUCCAAGGUCGGAGAUCUGGGUGCCAUUUCUCCCUCGACUUUGUGACUCGUUGCGGUCGCUGCGCUUCACAUUCCAUGACCACACAGGUCUACAACCGUCGCAGCUCGGGACCUUGCUUGAAUUUGUGUGCGGGUCAAGUCAGAUCACUGAUCUUAUUCUUGAGAACGAUCCGUUUAGCCCGCCGCACGUUGUAACGACGGCUAUGGUCGGCCACCUCACCAAGUGGUUCCACCUAGCUCCCGUGACGCACUUCAGAGUCGGACAAUGGCAGCUGGCCGAAGUAGACCCGUCUGCCCUGACGAGCUUGUACGAUGCGUGGGCGACGUGCUCCACGUUGGAGGCCCUCGUCGUCGUCGAAACGAAGCUGCUCCACUUGUAA